AUGAGCCUCCAAGACUCUAUGGCACUCGUUUGUGGUGUCAACCUGAUUUUGACGACUACGAUGACGCUUCGUUUCCACGUUGCCGGUAUGUUAUCAGAUCAAUAUCGUUGCAAGACUUUCGACUUUGGUGCUGAUGGUUACGUUCGGAGUGAAGCGUGUAAUGUCUUACUAUUUCAGUUCGGUGAUUCCGCUCACUAUCGUGAUGAAAUCCUCUGUCAUCGCAUUCAAAUGGCGUGUAAGGUGAACCAAGAUGGCACUUCGAGUGGCUUGACAGCACCAAACGGAGCAUCACAGCGUAUACUCAUGAGCGCUCUUAUAGACGACGCAUUUAAUUUCUCGAAGUGCGAUACAAUCACUUUAUACACACAUGGGACCGGUACUCCCCUUGGCGAUCCAAUCGAGGUAUUUGCUGCAGACUCUGCUCUGAGUAAACUGCCUCUGAUCAAAACCUAUUUAGCAGAGAAAUCCAUGCGUGGCCAUACAGAGCCCGCGUCUGGAUUGUGCAGCUCGAUACUUGCCUUUGUUUCGGGAUAUCAGAAUAACUUGCACGGCCAGCCUCAUUUGAAGGCCGUGAAUAAACACAUUUACAACUCCCUGGAAAGGAGUUUACUUCCGCGUUCAUGUUCUGGCUUCAUGUCGUGCUCUUCUUCAACGAUCGCAACAGUUAGUUCAUUCGCGUUCCAGGGCACAAAUGCGAUGGCGACCAUGAUUCAUCACGUUGUUAAGGCGACAAUACCUGUGCAGCUUAGAACAAUGCGUGCCUGGAUCAAGUUGCACACAGAGCGCACUGUUCGAGCUGAUAUUGUUUUCUCUGGACGUCUUAAUGCAAAGUAUCUCAACAGAAUUCUACAUAUCUUACCUACUACUGGUAAUUCGGCGCUGUACCUAUGCUUGGAUCAUCGCAUAUCAAGUUCAAGUAUUCUGCCUGCCACAGCUCAUCUCGAGCUUCAAUCUGAUCUAGUCAAAUAUGUGGAUUCAAGUGCUUCACCAAAUCUUCUGUCAAACAUCGCAUUUAUGCUUCCUUUAGAAUUGAAGAUGGCUGAUGAAAUCAUCACUGAAAUUACUUCAGGUGGUAUUCUGAAAGUAGGACAUGAAAUUUCUACUCCGAGGCCGAACAAUAUUCGACAUUGCAGUAUUGGUCACCUACGCUUCUCAAGUAAACAAUACUGUCACGAGCAGAAGCACUUUCACGCAUUACUAGACCAAUUUGCACAAGGAAUUGAAGCCCUGACUGCAACUAUUGUCGCGAAAUCAUCACUUGUUCAGUUUCAAAGAGCAAAUCACGCGUGUGUUAUAGAUGCCAGUUUCCAGUGCUCAGUGUACGUGAUGAGUCCGCCAACAUGUGUAGCUAACCCCAGAGAGCAUGCUUCCAACGCAACAAGUUGCACAUUGCCGGCGCUUAUUGUGAACACUAGCGUAUCAAAGUAUGCAACUACAGCAUCAACAACAAAGCGAACCAAGCUACGAAUGCUAAAUGCGUCACCUUGUGUGGUGGAAACAAAUAACAUAGUUGAAACCCCAUCUCCACACGGUCUACAGGUGAAAACGAACGUAAAUCGACUGAUUUGCAAAACGACACAUAGCACAACGAAGUGCCUGAAAACAGUCGCUACAAGUGCACAAGCUGCAAGAGUAGUUUAUCACACAGUAACUCAACGUAAAAUAGCACAUACAUUUGAGUCGGUACGUCUGGGUAAUGAAACAGCUUGUCAAACAUGGGACACUAGAGAAAUGUUGUGGCCGAAGGUGAAAGCAAAUGUGGCUAGUCUCUGGGCCGUCGCCUUGCUCCAGGGCCCCGGCGCUCGUUCGCAUGUCGCAGGUGCGCAUGUACGAGCUAGUGGCCACGCGCAGGAAAAAGCGGCAUACGCGUCCACACGAGUCACGCGCGCCGCGCUGUGCCGUGUUUUGGGAAGCGCCGUGCGUGCCGUCGUACAGUCCUCCGUGCAAGAGCGCGGUGAUUCCACGCCUUUGAGCGUAACGAGCGUCUCACACAUCGCACCCGAAGGUGUGCUACGUGCGAGCGCCGCGGGAGUGUCCGAUGCCGGAGCGCUCUGCGUGGAGCGGCUGCUUCCAGCGUUUGGAUCUCGAACGCUCGCCGCAGCAAAGCGCAGCGCCAAGUGGACGUGCGCGACUCUGCCCACGCCUGUGGCCUCGAGUGUGUUUGUCACGGGCGGCCUUGGCGCUCUUGGCCAGACAUCAGCGGCGUGGUACGCGCAUCGCGGUGUCCGACACGCCUACUUAACGGGUCGUCGUGGUCGAGGGGAGUCGCCGCUGCUACGCUGGGCGUCUGGUGGACAACCACAACUGGGCGCGUUACAUAUAAUCCGCGUCGAUGCGUGCGCGAGCGAUGAGGUAUCGUACGGUGGCGAGUACGCGUACGCACGUACGCACGCGUGCGGUGUCCUACACGCCGGCGGCGUUCUGCGAGACGCCUUGACCGCGCGCCAGUCUGCGUCAGCGCAUCGACACGUCUGGUCCUCCAAAGUGGCUUCAGCGCACGCGCUACUUGACUACUGCGUGAGCGGUGCACGUGGCGCACACCACACGGCGCUGUUCUCAUCGGUGGCAUCCUUGCUCGGAAAUCCAGGUCAGUGCAACUACAGCGCGGCGAAUGGCGCGCUGGAUGCCACAGCCGCGCGCGAAUGGCGCCGAGGAACCGCCGUGCGUGCUGUUCAGUGGGGUGCGUGGGAUGGCGCGGGGAUGGCGCUCUCGAACCCCGCCGUGCUCGGACAUGCACGUGCGUCUGGGAUCGGCGUGCUUGAUCCACGCGCGGGACUUGCAGCCGUGCGCGUCGCUCUGCACGAGUCGAUGACAACGACCCAAUGGUGGGCCACUGGUGCUGUGUUGGCUGUUGUUCCAUUCCAGUGGACUGUGCUCUCGAAGACGCACAAUCACACGAGCGCGCUGGUUGCAGAAUACCGUACAAAGCCAGCGGCGAGCACAGAUGUGCGAGCAACAGUCAGCCAGAAAGGUGCCACAGGCGCGCGUCCGGCGUCCGACGAGAGCGUACGCCAGCUCGUUACAUCCGCCGUGGCGCGUGCCCUGGGCAGGGAUGUGUCCUCGGACGCGUCACUCAUGGAAGAAGGUCUCGACUCGCUCGCCGCCGUGGAGCUCGGUGGCGCGUUGCAGAGAGACACAGGCGUCACGAUGCCAGCUACGUUGGCAUUUGACUACCCGACAAUAACAGCCAUAGUGGUAUAUUUGAAGACAGUCAUGGUCAACACGGCGGGCUCAACCACGCCAUCGCCAUCAGAUCGGUUGGGCGCUCAUGCAAAUAACGCCGAAGAUGUGCACGCGAUGGAAGACCAGACGGCGGACUUCGCUGCAAAGAGUGUUGUUGUGCCUCCGUGUUCGAUAGACGCAGAUUUCACACCAGUUGUCACCGCUAUACGCGCAAGUACACACCGCUCCGGUCUCACCGAGAUAGCACCUGCGUCGUUGCCACGUGCGGGUCUUAUGUUUUCUUCUUUCGUUGCACGUUCGAUGAGUCCGAGACUUCGUGCAACCGAGAGCUACGCAGAAGUAUCAGGUACAUACGCGACGAGAGCAGAUCGUACCGUUUCCGUCUCGAAAUAUCUACCACGCGACAUGAACGUACCAUCAUCACAGGCAGUUGCCGCCAUCACAAUCAACAUAACGGGUGCUGCUUUGAGUAAAGUAGUGAACGAAGCGGGCGCAUUAUGUCUCAACGAGCUCCAACAUAUAUCCAUGCCGACGCUCAAUCAGUCGAGCACGCCAGCUAUCGAGUUCGGCUCGCGAUAUCUUGUUCAUUUUGCGUACUUUAUUGCAAGAGAUGCGUUUGAUCACGAAGCAUUCGCGAUAAUCAGGCGUGAGGCACAAUUGAUGGACCCGCAGCAGCGUGUGCUCCUGGAGAAUGCAUUCGCUGCAGUGCGGACGCCGACACGUGAGGCGUCAACGCACCAAUCAACAGCCGUGGCAGUGGGUGCUUGGACAUCACAAUACGCUGACUUGUGCCGAGUCUACAUGCCGGCACCAGGACCAUACUCAGCAGUUUCGUCACUUUUAAGCGUGCUUUGCGGUCGCGUGUCAUACACAUUCGGUCUUCGAGGGCCGUCCGUAUGCGUGGAUACGGCGUGUUCGUCAUCGCUCGUCGCUGCACACACUGCGAGCGCGUACUUGCGUGGCCGAGAGUGCGAUGAUGCCCUCGUCGCUGGCGUGAGCGUGAAUGUGGGUGUGGGGACGUUCCGUGUGGCCGCGGCGGCCAGCAUGCUCUCGUACGACGGUCGAUGCAAGACUCUAGAUGCGAGUGCAGACGGAUACGCCAAGGGUGAGUGUUGCGUAGUCCUUCGCGUGACAUCGAAUACGUCUCUUGACGUGGACGCUCUCGCACGCGAUGCGAACGAUCCAUCUCCCACCCAUAUCGCCCUGGCGCAACUCGAGCACACGGGCGUGAACCAAGACGGCCGAUCGAGCUCGCUCACCGCUCCAAACGGGCCGUCACAGCAAGCACUCAUGGCCGACGUGCUUGUUCGCGCUGGUCUGCACGCGCACACGAUCGGCCGGCUGGAAAUGCACGGCACUGGUACGUCGCUCGGCGACCCCAUUGAAGUCGGCGCCGCUCUUGAGGUUCUGGCGUCGCCGUCGAUGGAGUCCCAGCCCUCGAGCGCUCGAGCGCUCACGUUUGAAGGCGCUAAGCCUCGCGUUGGUCACUGCGAACCAGGAGCAGGCGUCGUUGGGCUGCUGUUCGCGACAGCACAUGUAACGACGCGCGCCACAGCGGCGCUGGUCCAUUUGCGCCAGCUCAAUCCUCACGUGGAGGCCGCCGCUCGCCGCCACGCGCAGUCCCAAGGGGCGAGACAUCUGGUACUUCCGCGACAAGGCAUGUCGCGUCCACUUCACAGCGCAUCUACGGCAUCGGCUGCGAACGAUGCGACAGCAUGCGUGCGGCGUUCCGGCGUGAGUGGCUUCGCCUUCCAAGGCACAAACGCGCACGCCAUCGUGACUCAAGGACCGGUCGCGAGCCACAAUAUUCUACAUGGGCACACCACUCAGAGCAACACGACUUUACGUGCGUGGGAGCGUCAUCGACACUGGUGCGCUCCCGAGAGCCACUGUCUUGUUGCCUCGAUCCAUGGCCUGCGGCACGCUGGUUUCCCGACAGUGCUCGCGCGCUCAUGCGUGCGCCUUGGCAAAAGUGUAGCUCUCAAUGGCAUGCUCGACCACGCCGUUGGCUUGAAGCGUUUGCUUCCAGGGACCGCGCACCUUGAGCUGUGUCGCGCCAUGGGUGAGGCGCUCGUGGAGCGCCCGCAUGCACACAUGGCGCUGUCGAGUGUAUCAUUCGUCGCUCCUCUCGAGCUGCACACAUCAGCAUUGGAGGUUCUCUGCGACGUCACGCCUGUGGGCGUGGCGCGCGUUAGCGUCGGCGCGUCCACGGCCUCGUCGACGGGUUCGCGUCUUCGAGCCGUGCCCAGCGCCCGCAGCACAUCCAGGAUCGUCCGAGCUCCUGCACACCGAGCGGCCGAGACAGCGUCCGCGCGCGCAGCUCUCAUCUCCGCCGCCGUUCAUCGCCUGCGCUGGUCACACUCAACACCCAGACAAGACGCGCGCUCGGCUCGUUGGGCGUACGGUACCGUGCGCGCGCAGCCGACGUCGACGUUACCGGAAGCGUAUCACGCAUCGCCUGCUGCGCUCGACGCCGCGCUUCACGCGCUCAGCGCGUGUACGCCGUCGGCGGGUCGAGGAGUGUCGGACGCGAGCCCGUUUGUCCCAGCGACCAUCGGCGGUGUCCGCGCGCACGGCGUCCCAUCAAUCAUCCACAGUGCGCGCUUCGCUCUCGUCGGCACCACGCACGUCGAUGACGCGCCGCAUCGCACCACACGACGCUCGCACCAUCACCUCUGGGACACGUCGACUCCUACUGCGCAUCAUAGAUGCUGUGGGGUCCGAGAUCUGGCUGCGCGGCGGCUUGGCGGCGUCGGCGUGCCCAAUUUGCAGCAUCGCGGACACCCACGUGCAUCGUCGUCGCAAGCCGCCAUCGCCCCUCGUGUACUGUACGGGAUCGUGCGACAGUAUGCGCGAUACGAUGCCGCGACGCGCGCUGCUUCACGCGCAAAAGUCGAGUCAGGUCGCCGUGCAAGUUGGGCGCAUCAUCGGCAAGGCGGUCGCAGCGAUGGCUCCAUGCUUCCAUCCACGCAACCCAACGCGUGCGCCAGUCUCUGGGCCGUCGCCUUGCUCCAGGGCCCCGGCGCUCGUUCGCAUGUCGCAGGUGCGCAUGUACGAGCUAGUGGCCACGCGCAGGAAAAAGCGGCAUACGCGUCCACACGAGUCACGCGCGCCGCGCUGUGCCGUGUUUUGGGAAGCGCCGUGCGUGCCGUCGUACAGUCCUCCGUGCAAGAGCGCGGUGAUUCCACGCCUUUGAGCGUAACGAGCGUCUCACACAUCGCACCCGAAGGUGUGCUACGUGCGAGCGCCGCGGGAGUGUCCGAUGCCGGAGCGCUCUGCGUGGAGCGGCUGCUUCCAGCGUUUGGAUCUCGAACGCUCGCCGCAGCAAAGCGCAGCGCCAAGUGGACGUGCGCGACUCUGCCCACGCCUGUGGCCUCGAGUGUGUUUGUCACGGGCGGCCUUGGCGCUCUUGGCCAGACAUCAGCGGCGUGGUACGCGCAUCGCGGUGUCCGACACGCCUACUUAACGGGUCGUCGUGGUCGAGGGGAGUCGCCGCUGCUACGCUGGGCGUCUGGUGGACAACCACAACUGGGCGCGUUACAUAUCAUCCGCGUCGAUGCGUGCGCGAGUGAUGAGGUAUCGUACGGUGGCGAGUACGCGUACGCACGUACGCACGCGUGCGGUGUCCUACACGCCGGCGGCGUUCUGCGAGACGCCUUGACCGCGCGCCAGUCUGCGUCAGCGCAUCGACACGUCUGGUCCUCCAAAGUGGCUUCAGCGCACGCGCUACUUGACUACUGCGUGAGCGGUGCACGUGGCGCACACCACACGGCGCUGUUCUCAUCGGUGGCAUCCUUGCUCGGCAGUCCAGGUCAGUGCAACUACAGCGCGGCGAAUGGCGCGCUGGAUGCCACAGCCGCGCGCGAAUGGCGCCGAGGAACCGCCGUGCGUGCUGUUCAGUGGGGCGCGUGGGAUGGCGCGGGGAUGGCGCUCUCGAACCCCGCCGUGCUCGGACAUGCACGUGCGUCUGGGAUCGGCGUGCUUGAUCCACGCGCGGGACUUGCAGCCGUGCGCGUCGCUCUGCACGAGUCGAUGACAACGACCCAAUGGUGGGCCACUGGUGCUGUGUUGGCUGUUGUUCCAUUCCAGUGGACUGUGCUCUCGAAGACGCACAAUCACACGAGCGCGCUGGUUGCAGAAUACCGUACAAAGCCAGCGGCGAGUACAGAUGUGCGAGCAACAGUCAGCCAGAAAGGUGCCACGGGCGCGCGUCCGGCGUCCGACGAGAGCGUACGCCAGCUCGUUACAUCCGCCGUGGCGCGUGCCCUGGGCAGGGAUGUGUCCUCGGACGCGUCACUCAUGGAAGAAGGUCUCGACUCGCUCGCCGCCGUGGAGCUCGGUGGCGCGUUGCAGAGAGACACAGGCGUCACGAUGCCAGCUACGUUGGCAUUUGACUACCCGACAAUAACAGCCAUAGUGGGAUAUUUGAAGACAGUCAUGGUCAACACGGCGGGCUCAACCACGCCAUCGCCAUCGGAUCGGAUGGGCGCUCAUGCAAAUAACGCCAAAGACGUGCGCACACGAACGCUGGCGCGAGGUAGAGUCCACACUAAGACUAUGCACCCACACGCUCGAGGCUCGUACAUGGACGAACACGUGCACCAACAGAUGACAUACGUGCGCGUUGGUCUGACGUCCUCGUCUUCAGCGGAGAGGUACAUUGCAGAUGACGCCGUAGGACGGUCAUUUGACCUGUGCACGGUGAUGCCUCGCGCACGAUUGGAUCCUGACGAGGCAUAUCCAGAAGAACGUGAGCCAUUUGUCGUGCGUCACACACCAAUCCUCCUGCGCAUUGAGGACAUGGACCACGGCAUGCUUGGUAUUCAUCACCGCGAGGCACAAUUGAUGGACCCGCAGCAGCGUGUGCUCCUGGAGAAUGCAUUCGCUGCAGUGCGGACGCCGACACGUGAGGCGUCAACGCACCAAUCAACAGCCGUGGCAGUGGGUGCUUGGGCAUCACAAUACGCCGACUUGUGCCGAGUCUACAUGCCGGCACCAGGACCAUACUCAGGCGUCGCUUCUGCAUUGAGCGUGCUUUGCGGUCGCGUGUCGUACACAUUCGGUCUUCGAGGGCCGUCCGUAUGCGUGGAUACGGCGUGUUCGUCAUCGCUCGUCGCUGCACACACUGCGAGCGCGUACUUGCGUGGCCGAGAGUGCGAUGAUGCCCUCGUCGCUGGCGUGAGCGUGAAUGUGGGUGUGGGGACGUUCCGCGUGGGCGCGGCGGCCAGCAUGCUCUCGUACGACGGUCGAUGCAAGACUCUAGAUGCGAGUGCAGACGGAUACGCCAAGGGUGAGUGUUGCGUAGUCCUUCGCGUGACAUCGAAUACGUCUCUUGACGUGGACGCUCUCGCGCGCGAUGCGAACGAUCCAUCACCCACCCAUAUCGCCCUGGCGCAACUCGAGCACACGGGCGUGAACCAAGACGGCCGAUCGAGCUCGCUCACCGCUCCAAACGGGCCGUCACAGCAAGCACUCAUGGCCGACGUGCUUGUUGGCGCUGGUCUGCACGCGCGCACGAUCGGCCGGCUGGAAAUGCACGGCACUGGUACGUCGCUCGGCGACCCCAUUGAGGUCGGCGCCGCUCUUGAGGUUCUGGCGUCGCCGUCGAUGGAGUCCCAGCCCUCGAGCGCUCGAGCGCUCACGUUUGAAGGCGCUAAGCCUCGCGUUGGUCACUGCGAACCAGGAGCAGGCGUCGUUGGGCUGCUGUUCGCGACAGCACAUGUAACGACGCGCGCCACAGCGGCGCUGGUCCAUUUGCGCCAGCUCAAUCCUCACGUGGAGGCCGCCGCUCGCCGCCACGCGCAGUCCCAAGGGGCGAGACAUCUGGUACUUCCGCGACAAGGCAUGUCGCGUCCACUUCACAGCGCAUCUACGGCAUCGGCUGCGAACGAUGCGACAGCAUGCGUGCGGCGUUCCGGCGUGAGUGGCUUCGCCUUCCAAGGCACAAACGCGCACGCCAUCGUGACUCAAGGACCGGUCGCGAGCCACAAUAUUCUACAUGGGCACACCACUCAGAGCAACACGACUUUACGUGCGUGGGAGCGUCAUCGACACUGGUGCGCUCCCGAGAGCCACUGUCUUGUUGCCUCGAUCCAUGGCCUGCGGCACGCUGGUUUCCCGACAGUGCUCGCGCGCUCAUGCGUGCGCCUUGGCAAAAGUGUAGCUCUCAAUGGCAUGCUCGACCACGCCGUUGGCUUGAAGCGUUUGCUUCCAGGGACCGCGCACCUUGAGCUGUGUCGCGCCAUGGGUGAGGCGCUCGUGGAGCGCCCGCAUGCACACAUGGCGCUGUCGAGUGUAUCAUUCGUCGCUCCUCUCGAGCUGCACACAUCAGCAUUGGAGGUUCUCUGCGACGUCACGCCUGUAGGCGUGGCGCGCGUUAGCGUCGGCGCGUCCACGGCCUCGUCGACGGGUUCGCGUCUUCAAGCCGUGCCCAGCGCCCGCAGCACAUCCAGGAUCGUCCGAGCUCCUGCACACCGAGCGGCCGAGACAGCGUCCGCGCGCGCAGCUCUCAUCUCCGCCGCCGUUCAUCGCCUGCGCUGGUCACACUCAACACCCAGACAAGACGCCCGCUCGGCUCGUUGGGCGUACGGUACCGUGCGCGCGCAGCCGACGUCGACGUUACCGGAAGCGUAUCACGCAUCGCCUGCUGCGCUCGACGCCGCGCUUCACGCGCUCAGCGCGUGUACGCCGUCGGCGGGUCGAGGAGUGUCGGACGCGAGCCCGUUUGUCCCAGCGACCAUCGGCGGUGUCCGCGCGCACGGCGUCCCAUCAAUCAUCCACAGUGCGCGCUUCGCUCUCGUCGGCACCACGCACGUCGAUGACGCGCCGCAUCGCACCACACGACGCUCGCACCAUCACCUCUGGGACACGUCGACUCCUACUGCGCAUCAUAGAUGCUGUGGGGUUCGAGAUCUGGCUGCGCGGCGGCUUGGCGGCGUCGGCGUGCCCAAUUUGCAGCAUCGCGGACACCCACGUGCAUCGUCGUCGCAAGCCGCCAUCGCCCCUCGUGUACUGUACGGGAUCGUGCGACAGUAUGCGCGAUACGAUGCCGCGACGCGCGCUGCUUCACGCGCAAAAGUCGAGUCAGGUCGCCGUGCAAGUUGGGCGCAUCAUCGGCGAGGCGGUCGCGGCGAUGGCUCCAUGCUGCCAUCCACGCAACCCAACGCGUGCGCCAGUCUCUGGGCCGUCGCCUUGCUCCAGGGCCCCGGCGCUCGUUCGCAUGUCGCAGGUGCGCAUGUACGAGCUAGUGGCCACGCGCAGGAAAAAGCGGCAUACGCGUCCACACGAGUCACGCGCGCCGCGCUGUGCCGUGUUUUGGGAAGCGCCGUGCGUGCCGUCGUACAGUCCUCCGUGCAAGAGCGCGGUGAUUCCACGCCUUUGAGCGUAACGAGCGUCUCACACAUCGCACCCGAAGGUGUGCUACGUGCGAGCGCCGCGGGAGUGUCCGAUGCCGGAGCGCUCUGCGUGGAGCGGCUGCUUCCAGCGUUUGGAUCUCGAACGCUCGCCGCAGCAAAGCGCAGCGCCAAGUGGACGUGCGCGACUCUGCCCACGCCUGUGGCCUCGAGUGUGUUUGUCACGGGCGGCCUUGGCGCUCUUGGCCAGACAUCAGCGGCGUGGUACGCGCAUCGCGGUGUCCGACACGCCUACUUAACGGGUCGUCGUGGUCGAGGGGAGUCGCCGCUGCUACGCUGGGCGUCUGGUGGACAACCACAACUGGGCGCGUUACAUAUAAUCCGCGUCGAUGCGUGCGCGAGCGAUGAGGUAUCGUACGGUGGCGAGUACGCGUACGCACGUACGCACGCGUGCGGUGUCCUACACGCCGGCGGCGUUCUGCGAGACGCCUUGACCGCGCGCCAGUCUGCGUCAGCGCAUCGACACGUCUGGUCCUCCAAAGUGGCUUCAGCGCACGCGCUACUUGACUACUGCGUGAGCGGUGCACGUGGCGGACACCACACGGCGCUGUUCUCAUCGGUGGCAUCCUUGCUCGGCAGUCCAGGUCAGUGCAACUACAGCGCGGCGAAUGGCGCGCUGGAUGCCACAGCCGCGCGCGAAUGGCGCCGAGGAACCGCCGUGCGUGCUGUUCAGUGGGGUGCGUGGGAUGGCGCGGGGAUGGCGCUCUCGAACCCCGCCGUGCUCGGACAUGCACGUGCGUCUGGGAUCGGCGUGCUUGAUCCACGCGCGGGACUUGCAGCCGUGCGCGUCGCUCUGCACGAGUCGAUGACAACGACCCAAUGGUGGGCCACUGGUGCUGUGUUGGCUGUUGUUCCAUUCCAGUGGACUGUGCUCUCGAAGACGCACAAUCACACGAGCGCGCUGGUUGCAGAGUACCGUACAAAGCCAGCGGCGAGCACAGAUGUGCGAGCAACAGUCAGCCAGAAAGGUGCCACAGGCGCGCGUCCGGCGUCCGACGAGAGCGUACGCCAGCUCGUUACAUCUGCCGUGGCGCGUGCCCUGGGCAGGGAUGUGUCCUCGGACGCGUCACUCAUGGAAGAAGGUCUCGACUCGCUCGCCGCCGUGGAGCUCGGUGGCGCGUUGCAGAGAGACACAGGCGUCACGAUGCCAGCUACGUUGGCAUUUGACUACCCGACAAUAACAGCCAUAGUGGGAUAUUUGAAGACAGUCAUGGUCAACACGGCGGGCUCAACCACGCCAUCGCCAUCAGAUCGGUUGGGCGCUCAUGCAAAUAACGCCGAAGAUGUGCACGCGAUGGAAGACCAGACGGCGGACUUCGCUGCAAAGAGUGUUGUUGUGCCUCCGUGUUCGAUAGACGCAGAUUUCACACCAGUUGUCACCGCUAUACGCGCAAGUACACACCGCUCCGGUCUCACCGAGAUAGCACCUGCGUCGUUGCCACGUGCGGGUCUUAUGUUUUCUUCUUUCGUUGCACGUUCGAUGAGUCCGAGACUUCGUGCAACCGAGAGCUACGCAGACGUAUCAGGUACAUACGCGACGAGAGCAGAUCGUACCGUUUCCGUCUCGAAAUAUCUACCACGCGACAUGAACGUACCAUCAUCACAGGCAGUUGCCGCCAUCACAAUCAACAUAACGGGUGCUGCUUUGAGUAAAGUAGUGAACGAAGCGGGCGCAUUAUGUCUCAACGAGCUCCAACAUAUAUCCAUGCCGACGCUCAAUCAGUCGAGCACGCCAGCUAUCGAGUUCGGCUCGCGAUAUCUUGUUCAUUUUGCGUACUUUAUUGCAAGAGAUGCGUUUGAUCACGAAGCAUUCGCGAUAAUCAGGCGUGAGGCACAAUUGAUGGACCCGCAGCAGCGUGUGCUCCUGGAGAAUGCAUUCGCUGCAGUGCGGACGCCGACACGUGAGGCGUCAACGCACCAAUCAACAGCCGUGGCAGUGGGUGCUUGGACAUCACAAUACGCCGACUUGUGCCGAGUCUACAUGCCGGCACCAGGACCAUACUCAGCAGUUUCGUCACUUUUAAGCGUGCUUUGCGGUCGCGUGUCGUACACAUUCGGUCUUCGAGGGCCGUCCGUAUGCGUGGAUACGGCGUGUUCGUCAUCGCUCGUCGCUGCACACACUGCGAGCGCGUACUUGCGUGGCCGAGAGUGCGAUGAUGCCCUCGUCGCUGGCGUGAGCGUGAAUGUGGGUGUGGGGACGUUCCGCGUGGGCGCGGCGGCCAGCAUGCUCUCGUACGACGGUCGAUGCAAGACUCUAGAUGCGAGUGCAGACGGAUACGCCAAGGGUGAGUGUUGCGUAGUCCUUCGCGUGACAUCGAAUACGUCUCUUGACGUGGACGCUCUCGCACGCGAUGCGAACGAUCCAUCACCCACCCAUAUCGCCCUGGCGCAACUCGAGCACACGGGCGUGAACCAAGACGGCCGAUCGAGCUCGCUCACCGCUCCAAACGGGCCGUCACAGCAAGCACUCAUGGCCGACGUGCUUGUUGGCGCUGGUCUGCACGCGCGCACGAUCGGCCGGCUGGAAAUGCACGGCACUGGUACGUCGCUCGUAUCGUACGGUGGCGAGUACGCGAUCGCACGAUCGCACGCGUGCGGUGUCCUACACGCCGGCGGCGUUCUGCGAGACGCCUUGACCGCGCGCCAGUCUGCGUCAGCGCAUCGACACGUCUGGUCCUCCAAAGUGGCUUCAGCGCACGCGCUACUUGACUACUGCGUGAGCGGUGCACGUGGCGCACACCACACGGCGCUGUUCUCAUCGGUGGCAUCCUUGCUCGGCAGUCCAGGUCAGUGCAACUACAGCGCGGCGAAUGGCGCGCUGGAUGCCACAGCCGCGCGCGAAUGGCGCCGAGGAACCGCCGUGCGUGCUGUUCAGUGGGGUGCGUGGGAUGGCGCGGGGAUGGCGCUCUCGAACCCCGCCGUGCUCGGACAUGCACGUGCGUCUGGGAUCGGCGUGCUUGAUCCACGCGCGGGACUUGCAGCCGUGCGCGUCGCUCUGCACGAGUCGAUGAUAACGACCCAAUGGUGGGCCACUGGUGCUGUGUUGGCUGUUGUUCCAUUCCAGUGGACUGUGCUCUCGAAGACGCACAAUCACACGAGCGCGCUGGUUGCAGAAUACCGUACAAAGCCAGCGGCGAGUACAGAUGUGCGAGCAACAGUCAGCCAGAAAGGUGCCACGGGCGCGCGUCCGGCGUCCGACGAGAGCGCACGCCAGCUGGUUACAUCUGCCGUGGCGCGUGCCCUGGGCAGGGAUGUGUCCUCGGACGCGUCACUCAUGGAAGAAGGUCUCGACUCGCUCGCCGCCGUGGAGCUCGGUGGCACGUUGCAGAGAGACACAGGCGUCACGAUGCCAGCUACGUUGGCAUUUGACUACCCGACAAUAACAGCCAUAGUGGGAUAUUUGAAGACAGUCAUGGUCAACACGGCGGGCUCAACCACGCCAUCGCCAUCGGAUCGGAUGGGCGCUCAUGCAAAUAACGCCGAAGAUGUGCGCACACGAACGCUGGCGCGAGGUAGAGUCCACACUAAGAAUAUGCACCCACACGCUCGAGGCUCGUACAUGGACGAACACGUGCACCAACAGAUGACAUACGUGCGCGUUGGUCUGACGUCCUCGUCUUCAGCGGAGAGGUACAUCGCAGAUGACGCCGUAGGACAGUCAUUUGACCUGUGCACGGUGAUGCCUCGCGCACGAUUGGAUCCUGACGAGGCAUAUCCAGAAGAACGUGAGCCAUUUGUCGUGCGUCACACACCAAUCCUCCUGCGCAUUGAGGACAUGGACCACGGCAUGCUUGGUAUUCAUCACCGCGAGGCACAAUUGAUGGACCCGCAGCAGCGUGUGCUCCUGGAGAAUGCAUUCGCUGCAGUGCGGACGCCGACACGUGAGGCGUCAACGCACCAAUCAACAGCCGUGGCGGUGGGUGCUUGGGCAUCACAAUACGCCGACUUGUGCCGAGUCUACAUGCCGGCACCAGGACCAUACUCAGGCGUCGCUUCUGCAUUGAGCGUGCUUUGCGGUCGCGUGUCGUACACAUUCGGUCUUCGAGGGCCGUCCGUAUGCGUGGAUACGGCGUGUUCGUCAUCGCUCGUCGCUGCACACACUGCGAGCGCGUACUUGCGUGGCCGAGAGUGCGAUGAUGCCCUCGUCGCUGGCGUGAGCGUGAAUGUGGGUGUGGGGACGUUCCGCGUGGGCGCGGCGGCCAGCAUGCUCUCGUACGACGGUCGAUGCAAGACUCUAGAUGCGAGUGCAGACGGAUACGCCAAGGGUGAGUGUUGCGUAGUCCUUCGCGUGACAUCGAAUACGUCUCUUGACGUGGACGCUCUCGCGCGCGAUGCGAACGAUCCAUCACCCACCCAUAUCGCCCUGGCGCAACUCGAGCACACGGGCGUGAACCAAGACGGCCGAUCGAGCUCGCUCACCGCUCCAAACGGGCCGUCACAGCAAACACUCAUGGCCGACGUGCUUGUUCGCGCUGGUCUGCACGCGCGCACGAUCGGCCGGCUGGAAAUGCACGGCACUGGUACGUCGCUCGGCGACCCCAUUGAGGUCGGCGCCGCUCUUGAGGUUCUGGCGUCGCCGUCGAUGGAGUCCCAGCCCUCGAGCGCUCGAGCGCUCACGUUUGAAGGCGCUAAGCCUCGCGUUGGUCACUGCGAACCAGGAGCAGGCGUCGUUGGGCUGCUGUUCGCGACAGCACAUGUAACGACGCGCGCCACAGCGGCGCUGGUCCAUUUGCGCCAGCUCAAUCCUCACGUGGAGGCCGCCGCUCGCCGCCACGCGCAGUCCCAAGGGGCGAGACAUCUGGUACUUCCGCGACAAGGCAUGUCGCGUCCACUUGACAGCGCAUCUACGGCAUCGGCUGCGAACGAUGCGACAGCAUGCGUGCGGCGUUCCGGCGUGAGUGGCUUCGCCUUCCAAGGCACAAACGCGCACGCCAUCGUGACUCAAGGACCGGUCGCGAGCCACAAUAUUCUACAUGGGCACACCACUCAGAGCAACACGACUUUACGUGCGUGGGAGCGUCAUCGACACUGGUGCGCUCCCGAGAGCCACUGUCUUGUUGCCUCGGUCCAUGGCCUGCGGCACGCUGGUUUCCCGACAGUGCUCGCGCGCUCAUGCGUGCGCCUUGGCAAAAGUGUAGCUCUCAAUGGCAUGCUCGACCACGCCGUUGGCUUGAAGCGUUUGCUUCCAGGGACCGCGCACCUUGAGCUGUGUCGCGCCAUGGGUGAGGCGCUCGUGGAGCGCCCGCAUGCACACAUGGCGCUGUCGAGUGUAUCAUUCGUCGCUCCUCUCGAGCUGCACACAUCAGCAUUGGAGGUUCUCUGCGACGUCACGCCUGUAGGCGUGGCGCGCGUUAGCGUCGGCGCGUCCACGGCCUCGUCGACGGGUUCGCGUCUUCGAGCCGUGCCCAGCGCCCGCAGCACAUCCAGGAUCGUCCGAGCUCCUGCACACCGAGCGGCCGAGACAGCGUCCGCGCGCGCAGCUCUCAUCUCCGCCGCCGUUCAUCGCCUGCGCUGGUCACACUCAACACCCAGACAAGACGCCCGCUCGGCUCGUUGGGCGUACGGUACCGUGCGCGCGCAGCCGACGUCGACGUUACCGGAAGCGUAUCACGCAUCGCCUGCUGCGCUCGACGCCGCGCUUCACGCGCUCAGCGCGUGUACGCCGUCGGCGGGUCGAGGAGUGUCGGACGCGAGCCCGUUUGUCCCAGCGACCAUCGGCGGUGUCCGCGCGCACGGCGUCCCAUCAAUCAUCCACAGUGCGCGCUUCGCUCUCGUCGGCACCACGCACGUCGAUGACGCGCCGCAUCGCACCACACGACGCUCGCACCAUCACCUCUGGGAAAUGUGUCGUGAUGUCGUCCGUGGUGCCAUCGUACUGCAACUGCAUUCAAAGCGCGCAUCAUUUGAUUUAAGUCCACCCGUUGACACUUCUUCCAAGUUGAUGACGUGUUAUCCCCCACUACGUAACAAGAGAACAGUACAUGAUCCGUGGCCUGCUUUUUCAGGAGAUAGUUCUCAGAGCGUUGACACGAGCCAUAAAGAAUUUGAAAGAUGUAUCAUAAGUGACAUCGAGGUAGUAAUUAUUGAGAUUUUGUCAAACGUAGCGAAUGUACAACCGCAGCUGAACGAAACGCUUGCGAAUCAAGGUUUGGAUUCUUUAGCCAUCACACAAUUUUUUGUUGAGGUGCGUGAAAGAUACAAUUACGAUAUUCGCCGUGACCUCCAAGUUGAGGUUACAAUACGCGAAAUCAUACGUGACAUUGCUACUCAAAUAGAACAAACGAAGGCUUCUAUAAGUUGCAACGCGAUGCGUGAUCAGAAUCUUGUUGUAGGUAAUCGAUCUAUGAGGCUUCAGGGUAGAGAUUCAAUAUUCCUAUCGAAAAUUGGCAAGUUUGUCAAGCACCUUUUGCGGAUGGAGACUACCGCAAAGUUCGCAAGUAUAAUCGCGUUACUUGGGUUCAUUUUGACUGUGACUUGUGCUUCUAAGGCCGACUAA